CUCACAUUUCCAUAAAACAACUAAAAAAUGUCUCGAUCUUCUGGAUACUCUCUCAAUGAGGAUAAAUUAUUAUGUCAAAUCUAUGUAGACAUAUCUCAAGAUCCGAUCACCGGCAUAUGCCAAUCCUAUGAUCAGUUUUGGGUUCGAAUUGAACAAAGCUAUAAUAAUUUAAAGGAAGAAUCAUGGAUAUAUCGCAAUAAGAAAUCAUUGCAGUGUCGAAUAGCCUUAAUUGAGAAGGCAGUAAGAAAAUUAAGUGCAUGUAUUAGACAAAUAGAAAAUUUGCAUCCCAGUGGUGCUUCAGAUAUAGAUAUUAUUAAUCAAGCAAAAAUGCUACUUAUGCAAGAACCAACUUAUAAAAAAGGUUUCAAGUUUGAUCAUGUAUGGAAUCUAAUGAAAGAUUUUGAAAAGUUUAAGGAUAUCGACACCGGAAAGAAAAAAGUUCGAGGACAAGGCUCUACUUUGCAAUCAUCGGAGUCCGAGGCUCCUAGUCCUACAUCACCUAUAGUAUCAUCUCCUAACUUAUCAUCUUUUUCACUUAAUUUAAAUGAGAAUUUUUCAGAUCAUUACACUUCAUCUGAACGGCCUAUUGGGGUGAAGAAAUCAAAAUUAAAGAGAUCAAAAGAUGAAGGUCUUUCGUCAGCUAUGAAACUUUUUGAAACCGAAAAUAAUCGACUUGGAAAGAUGUUAUCAGAGUCUGCUACAUCCAAACAACAGGACGGCGAAAGGCUAGAUAGAUAUAUCAAAGCCAAGGAAUUUAGAGACGAAACUAAAAUUUUAAUGAAAAAUUUAGAAACUAUUAGUGAUCCAAAUGUUCGUGAAUACCUGCAUCGAGAACAACAACGAAUACUUGAAAAAAGAAAUCGACAAUCACAACCGCAAUCACAACCACAAUCGCAACAAUUCUCGGAAUCAUAUCCUAAUUUUUUUCCGAAUAGUGCUAUAUCUGAAAACGACCUACCGAAUUUCUAAAUUAUUGUUGUGAUCAAUUAAUUAUUAUGUUAUGUAUUGUAUGUUAUCUUGUAUUUAAAUUAUUAUGUUAUGUAUUAUAUUGUAUUGUUAUCUUGUAUUUAAAUUAUUAUGUUAUGUAUUGUAUUGUUAUCUUGUAUUUAAAUUAUCAUAUCAUGUAUUGUAUUUUUAAAUUAAAUUUUUUCAUC